CCCUCUCUGCAGCAAUCGACGCAGUCUGUUCACUUCUUUCAAGAUUUUUUUACCGCUCAGCCACAUUUUGAGCCUUUGUGAUUCACCUUCUUUUACACUUUUCUAGUUUUCCCGAAGCUGCAAACACACUCCUAAAAAUGCUGCCUGCAACCUUCAAGCUGUGUGCUGGCAUCUCGUAUCGGCACACAAGGAACAUGACAGGUUUAAGGAAGAAUGCCGUUGUGGCCAUUCACCAUGAGCUUAACAGACUGGCAGGUCCGGGCCCCAGUAGCUGGAUCCGCCAGGUCCGCCGACGAAGCUCCCUCCUCAGUUCUCGGAUUGAAGAAGAGGAAGGGUAUAACGAGGAGGAGAUGUCUUACCUGAAGCAAGGUGAGGAUGCCCUGCAGAAGGCCAUCAGCAUCCUCGGCGAACAAGACGGUUGGACCAUUGAAACCAUAGCCGCAAACGGUGACAAAGUCAUGAGUAAAGUGCUGCCUGACAUUGGGAAGGUGUUCAAGCUGGAGGUGAUGUUGGAGCAACACCCUGACACUCUUUAUAAGGAGUUGGUGGGAAAUAUGGAGCAGAUGGGGGAGUGGAACCCUAACGUCAAACAGGUUAAGAUCCUUCAAAAGAUCGGCCAGGACACGAUGGUUACCCACGAGGUCGCGGCAGAGACUCCCGGCAAUGUGGUGGGACCGAGGGACUUUGUCAGUGUCCGCUGUGCCAAGCGCCGGGGCUCCACCUGCUUCCUGGCAGGGAUGUCAACUCAGCACACCAACAUGCCCGAGCAGAGGGGCGUGGUGAGGGCGGAGAAUGGUCCAACCUGCAUAGUCAUGAAGCCAUGUCCCGAAGACCCAAAUAAAACCAAGUUCACCUGGUUGCUUAGCAUAGAUCUAAAGGGCUGGAUCCCAAAAACGAUCAUAAACAAAGUGCUCUCUCAGACGCAAGUGGACUUUGCCAACCACCUCAGGCAAAGGAUGGCUGCUAACGUUUCUGUGGAGGUGGCGCACGCCUGCUGACAAAAUCAGCUUGUCAGCUUAUAACUGCUGAGACGAUACGAAAAUCCAGAGUGUAUGAAAGAGAUCGGCUGAAGAUGAUGCUUGUCUGAGAGCGUAGAUAAAUCUGAGCGCAGACGUUGGUUUCAAUUGGCAAAUAUAUGUCUUUUCUUGCCCUUUUUAAUAGACUGAGAUUCUGUCGUGAGAUUCUGAUUUCUAGCACGUUCAUUCAUAUUCCUCCACUCUACAUUAGCAGCAAUAUUGAGUCCUAUUCCUUCUGGUAACACACCAGUUAUUGUUCCUCCCUCUGCCAUGAAGUUGCACUUUUAUUUCAAUGUUUUAUUUAUUGAUGCUGCCAGGAUGCAUUAUAUUUCAAUGACUACAAAGUGAACAAAUGAUUGCUAUGUCUUUGCUAUUUAUGUUUUUAUGCUUUUAUUAUGCUGCUGGAAAAGUGAUAUGGAGAAUGAUUACUCUGCCCUUUCCUGAAUAAAAGCUCAUAAAAAAUGCAAUGGUCA